AUGGCGAGUAUGGUGGGCGGUGCAAAUAAUGCAACAUUUUGUUGGGAUGGACACAUAUUGGAACCAGACGUGCUCCUGAAUAAUGUCUCUUUUGAUGGCCGACAAGCGGAUUUCCGUGUCCUUCUUGUGUCACAGCUGUUGGCCAACAAUCAGUUAAGGGGAAAACAUUCGCUGAUCAAUCAAAAAUAGAAAAGUAAGGAAAUUUUCCAACACCUUGAUAUUGCGAAUUAUUGUUAGUGGUUUUUGAUUGCGAAACUCCCAUGCGCGAAAAAUUCAUGAUAUAAAAAAAAACUCCGAACCAGCUUUUCAAUGAUUGAAUACUUAAUGUGAAGAAAAAAUUCCAAUCAACCCGAUUUUAAAUCUGAAAAAUAUACGAAAGUGCAACUUUGACGUUCAAGGCCACUGAGUGAGAUUACUUCCGUGGAAGUAGCAAAUCAGGUCGGUCGAACUUCUUCAUUUCUGAAGUUCGAAAAAUUUUAUUACCCUUUAUCGAUUUUUAAAACGACUUUUCGAAGACCAAUGGUUCAAAUAUGUUGGAAAUUUCUCAACAGGUUUUUUUACACUAAUUCUUAUUCAAAAUUUGUUUGCAUGUUUUUUUUUUCAUUUUUCACGGGUUGCGGUGAUUUCUUCUCAAAAAUUACCCUCAAUUUUCUGAACUUCUCUCAAACUUGAAACAGAGCUCAGAAAAUUGGUCAUAGUAACCGCUAACCGCUCAGCUCAUAGAACCCUGUAAUCGUCCACCUUGCACAGUUUAAUAGGUGCAUAAUCUAACACUUUCGGGUUAUUUUUAGACCACUUGCUGCACAUUAAACAGCACGAAACAGUGUCGCAAAUUCUAAUUUUUUUUUUCCCGUUUCAGUUCCGGCGCUGAUAGCCUCUUGAAGUCAACGAAAAGUUUAUCAGAGAUUAAUAACCUGAAACUGAUUUUACAUCAUCUGCCAGAGAAUUUCAAUUUUCAGUUUUUAGUUUCUGGAAAUUCUAGUAAAUUUGCUCCAGCCUUCUUAGACGCUAUUUAUGGUAACCUUUAGUUUUUCAAUAUAUAUAUAUAUACAUUUCCAAAUCUCUCAUUUCUCUUGAAUUUGUGAAAAAUGAGGAAUCAACCUACAAAACCAUCCUGUGCAGUUCAAGGAUUACUGUGUGAAAAGUUUUAAUAUACACAUUUGCAAGUGAACUGAAUUCAAUAAAGUCUGGAAAGGGCACGUGCCACUCCGAAUUUGUGUAAAACGUGGUGUUUGGAAAAGAAGUAGGAGGCGGUCCUGUCGAUCAUUCAGGCCGACCGACAAUUGGCCUCGAUUCUCGUCAACCUUUGCCCAUUUCGAGAAUCCGCCGUACGCGCCAACUUUCUUUGCAUUUGCACCGAGGUUUUUGAUUUUUUCUUUAGUGAUUGGUUUUCUUUUGUUGGUUUGAUCAAAUCGUUUCCUGUUGCUUGUGGAAAAAAUCUUUCUUCAAUUUUUGUUUUUUUUUUUCAAACAAUUUCAUAUCUUAUUGCUAUGGCUUGAACUUUUUAAAUAAGAGUUAGAACUUUCUCUACCAACUUCAUAUCACUCAAGUCGAAUUCCAAAAACUUCGAAAUAUCGCCCAAAAAACUACUUGAUGAGGUGUAUGAAGGAACUGGAGAUAGUCGCAAUCUGUAUAUCUUUGUCGUUUUCCAGAAUAAACGAUUCAAAAGAGAAAAAAACGAUGGAACUUUGGGAAAUAGUUUCUCAGAUUCUGCAGAUGAAAAGUUGAAGGAUCUUCAUCCAUUGUUUCCAAGAUUAUUUCGGCUCAAGCUUUAGAAAACCUAGAGCUACAGUUAAAAAUACUUCCUCUUCAAAAGUUCGAAAAAAAAAACUUAUCUACGCCAUAUUCUCCCAAACACUAUGCAUAUCUAAGAAUAUAAGCAAAACUGGCGAAUGAUUCAUAAAACCUGACUUUUUGCAAUAACUGGCAGUGUUCAACAUUCAGUUUAAAAACCUUUUUGUUUGUUUUUCUCAAAUAAAUCACUUAUAGUUUAUGGCGCAAACUGAGUCACUCGUAAACAAUGAAGAAAAAAAAAUCGGUAAGUCUCUUUGAGAAUAAAUUACAGACUUUUGCUUCGAGAUUCAUCAAAAACGGUGUGAAAGGCAAAUUGAAGAAAAUUUUUUUGAAAGAGUCAAACUAUUCGUUCUGUUUUCCCUCUGACCGGCUUAUUUCGGAAUUUUCACCCAUCGAUCUGGUUUUCACCUUCCCUUCGCCCAUACUGUUAUUUGUCAAAAUCGCAAUAGCGUGUUUCUGAACUUUCUCGAAAUGGGUUCUCAGGUGAUCCGUCCAAAAAUGAGAAAAAAAAACCUGGUUUUAGCGGAGACUUGACUCCGCCCAUAGAUCUUUCUCGCCGAGAGGUUGCCAGACUUUUGAGAAAAUUUAUUCGUUGAUUGUCAGAGUUUACUGUCGUUGAUCACUUCGUCGGAAUAUUAUAUGGCGCCCCGGUAUUUCAGCGGCAUCGCGUCUCUGCCCACAGCAUCGCGCGAAAAUCGGAUGACCACGGCUUCGAUACAACACUACACCGUCAUCCACGAUGGGUAUGUUCCAAUUUCUUCGAAUUUUCCUUUCUCUCGAGUCAUAUUUAAUGAGUUGUAACGUUUUCAGUUCAGAAAAUACUGGGUAGCAAAUUUUAAAUUUUUAUUGCUUCCAAAUUUCAACAAUACUAAAAGUGAAGAUAUUAUCCUGUGAAAAUUUCAUCUAAGCGAAGAAAUUUUUGAACUUUUUUCUUUAGAUUUUUUUGAUAUUGAUUGAUGCAAAAAUUGAAACAUUAACUUGAUAAAUUCCAUUCAAUUCAAAAAAAAAGUUUUUCAAUAGAUGGAAAUGGCCUUCAGAAAAAAGAAAUCAAAAAAUGAAGGCAUAUCUGCUUUUCUGAACCGCCUAAUUUAUAUGCGUUCAGAAAAAACUUUCUCACAUGGAAUGCCUUCCGUAUGACUUCUAGGGUCUCUUUUUCUCACUAUUUUGAAAAAAAAAACGAAAUGUUAAAAGAAUUAGAGACUGGAAGAGAGUUCGUGUACAGCUGAAUUUUCCAAUUUUCAAUUUUUAUUUCAAAACUUGCUGACAUUUGGAAUCAAUCAAACUGAAGCUUUCCAUUUCAAAGAUCUUCAAGUUUUUUCGCGAGCCAAAACACUUAUGAUGCAUCGUCCAAGCCGGUAUUUCAGCGGUUCUGUUUGCAGGGGCUCAAAAUCUAGUGUUUACCUUUACAAGUUGCUCUUCUCCUCUGCUAGACCAUUUUCUAGCUUCUGAUGUGAAAAAGUUAAGAUGAAUUACCCGGUUUGUCAUAGUUGCAGGUAUCGAGCGCCGAAUGAAGUGAGCGUUUCAGACGAAUUGAGGAAAGUCGUAGUUAUGGCGGCUGCCUUCUUUUUCAUCGCUAUCGUUUGCGUCUUGUCUAAAUUACAGGUUUUUUUUGCCACUUCUGCUCACAUUUGAUUACUUAACACCGACUUACUGCCAUGUUCAAAGUUUUUACGCGAAUUGCAAAUUGUAUCUCUUAAUCUCAAAUCGAAUUGUAUCUCUUAAUCUCCGAAGUUUAGCUUUAGCCGAUUCACAGCUAGCUCGAAAAGCAAAAAGGCGUGUCUAGUCUGCGCUCUACAUUAACCAGGCCUUGUCUCUUUUCCUAUCGUGUCAAAACUCUUUAUUCGAUGGUUCAAGCCAGGCGUGAAUCAGCUAUAUCCGUUGAAAAGUUUUUUUUUUUAAUUUCAGAGAAAAUUCAAAAAGUUUGACGUAAUGUUAAAUUGUUUUAAAAAUACAAAAAGAUCGUUUCAAAACGAAUAAAGCCGGAACCGUCUUUCACGAGUAUUUAUUUUUAGGAGAAGAACAUUCUACCAAUCAAUUUGUCACAAUAUAUAAUAACUCACAAAACAUGAUUUUAAAAAAAUGAUUUAUGCAGUUCGCGGCAGGCGUCGUGAUGCGGUGGUCGCCAAUUUUGUGGCUUCUGGGGAUCUGCAUCGGCGUCGGCUUGAUGAACGGCAUCUUCUACGUGCGCGAGAAGCGACGUCAGAGGAAACGACAGCUUCGCCUUGAUAGGGUUAGUUUUCAUCUAAACGUUUCUGCACUGUUUUGUGAACGGCAGUGCGUCUUCAAAGUGUAGAGAGAGCCAUUAUACAAGUAAACAGGAAGCUUCAAAUUUCAAAGUUUAAAAACUUUUUUCACAAAAAAAGCUGUAAAACAUUUUUCAGAGCGUCAUCCUUGCACUGCCAAUAUCCCGUUCGUUUCCAUGCCUGUCUCCGGGACCGCAUUCACAAAACUGCAAUCGCGGUAGAGGAAAAAAGUUUGAAAAGGCAAUUUUGUAACUAAACUGCAGUUCCAACUUCUCAUCGUCACUUAGACAGCCAAUUACCAACUUAUGAUGAUGUUCUUCAGGAAGAAAAGUCCCACGAGGUAAAUUUCUCAAAAUAUAAACAUGUAUAAGAGAUAGUUCAGUCAAAAGUAAACUUUCCAGGAGAACCAACUCCCAAGUUACGCAACUGCCAUCGCGAUGCUCACGCCGCAAGAUGUUUAG